ACCUCGAUUAUCUGUGUGAACCACGAGCCGACGCUGAACGCCGACGAGGCACCCGCCGACCGUGAAUCGGGGCGGGCUAAUACUUCACCGUCACUAGGAAGAUAUACUUGACGAUAAUUACACAUAGAAAAACCAGGGGUCUCUUUUGAUCCAGCAAGGACGCCCAGGAGGCGAGGACAGGACCCCGGAUUCCUAAUACCGACGACGUCAAGAUGCUCCCACCGGCGGCUCCCGCACUCACUACCGUUCGGGGCUUUGCCCCAACUCCAAUCAUGACACCUAUGGUGUCCGGCGACGAGGACUCGGAUUGCUGCGCAACGCCGCCUCUAUCUGCUAGACGCAGUCGCCCCCACCGCAUUGACGAUGUGGUUAGUGCAAACUGUAGCCCUCUCCUCCGAGGCGCUCAGUCUCCUGCAAUGAGCGGCAUUGCCAAGUUGCGCACACAACUCGAACCUCUUAGCCUCAAUGACUCCCCGACGAGCACUAUGACCCGAACACGUAGUAACAGUCGACCCCGCUACACGAGCAGCACUACCAGCAGCCAGAUCGGCAGUAGUGAUGAUGAUGCAUCAUUGGAGAGCGGGACGGUGUCCUAUGAGGUAAAGCUCGAGCACGACUUUGUGAGCGACAGUGUUCGUGAAAAGCCCAUGUAUGGUGCCGUUGAAGGUGGACUUGUGCCUCGCAAAAUGCAACCGGACGAUUUCGAGCCUUUACGUUGCCUUGGUAAAGGCACCUACGGAACUGUGCUUCUUGUUAAGCAGCGAAAUACUGGCCGCCUUUACGCACAGAAGCAGUUUAAGAAGGCAUCUGUGAUCGUUCAGAAGAAGCUAGUUGAGCAGACUAAGACAGAGCGACAAAUCCUUGAGUCUGUUAGUAGACACCCAUUUGUCGUGAACCUCUAUUAUGCUUUUCAAGAUCGCGAGAAGCUCUAUCUCAUUUUGGAGUAUGGACAAGGCGGCGAGCUAUUCACCCACCUGAGCACGGAGAAGAUGUUCUCAGAAUCGACUGCUGCUUUCUACAUGGCAGAGAUGGUCCUUGCCUUAUCUUAUCUCCAUGAUUCUCUUGGUGUAGUCUAUAGAGAUCUGAAGCCGGAGAAUUGUCUAUUAGAUGCGCAUGGCCAUCUGCUUCUCACCGACUUCGGCCUUUCAAAGGUAGCUGUUGGUGAUGACGAUAGUUGCAAGUCCAUCCUUGGGACAGUUGAAUAUAUGGCUCCAGAGGUUAUCCUUGGAAAUAAAUACGGAAAAGCAGUUGAUUGGUGGUCUUUCGGAGCCCUGGGCUACGACCUUAUGACGGGUAACCCACCAUUUCGAGGCGCAAACAACGCCAAAGUUCAACACAACAUUGUCAAGCAAAAGGUUGUCAUGCCUUACUUUUUGAGUCUUGAUGCCAAAGACCUUCUUGCCCGCUUGUUGAGGAAGGAUCCUGCCAAGCGAUUGGGUUCGCGUAUGCCAAAAGACCUCGAGCUCAUCAAACGCCACAGGUUCUUCCGCAAGAUCGACUGGAAGAAACUCGCAGCGAGAGAGAUGGAGCCACCAAUUCAGCCGAUGAUUACCGACCCGGAGCUAGCAGAAAACUUCGCUCCCGAGUUUACGGACCUUUCUCUUAGCCCUCUCACCACAACCAAGGACCCGUGGAGCGGUAUGUCACCUGGAGGGAGCUUUAAGGAAGACCCCUUCGGUGGAUUCAGCUUUGUUGCCCCUAGCAGUCUGCUGGAGAAACACGGAUGCAUGAUGGCUGGAGCCUACUGAGUAUAAUUUUCCCAGAUGCUAACGAAGAUGUGGCGCGGCUUUCAUCAAUCCGGAUAUGAGGAAGGGGAUUGUGGUUGAUGAUAUGGUCGAUAGCGCGCUAGCAAAUGUUGGAAUGACCUUGAUAAGAUGCAGCUUACUGCUGCACCAAUGCGAUGACAGCACUUUUCAUUAUUUUCUCGCUUUACUUCUCUGCUACUGGAAUUCGUGGCGCAUUGUUUUUGUUAGGAGUUUGGACAGGGAGAUGGGAUAUUGUUAUUAUAGACGCCUGCAG